AUGGCGGCGACGAUCGAAGGCCAGGAUAAGGUGUUAGCCACCGCGCAGCGGAUCGUGCAGUCUCUCGGAAAUACCUCCGACACCGACGACAUGCUGUUGAUCCUCUCCGCCUUCGACAACCGCCUCUCCACCCUCUCUUCCUUCGUCUCAUCGGAUGAGAAUCCCUCCUCAGCGGCGGCGGCGGCGGAGGCUGCGGUAAAGGCGGCAUCUGAUCGAUCCACUGCGGUGGAUCCCCGAUUCGCUGAGGCUGAGCAGAUCAUUCUGAAUGACGCUGAUUCGUCGCCUAUUCCUGAUAGUUACUUGGCCGCGAUUGAUGAUAUCAUUCAAUUGACCGAGGAGUUGAACCUUGGUUUAGCUCACCCCGGCAACGACGUCGUUGACCGCGCGGAGAACGCUCUCCAGUUGGCUAUGUCCCGUUUGGAGGAUGAGUUUCGUCAAAUAUUGACUCAGAACGCCAUAUCCCUUGACCCUGACCGCCUCCACCACUCCUCGCAUUCUUCAUCCGUUGCUGCUAUUGCAAUUGCUGCAACGGAGUUUUUCAAUGAUGACGCAAACGAUAGUCUUGAUGAUGUUAGCAGUGCGAGGUACAGCCACCACAGUCAUGGUAGGGGUGUGAGCUUUGGGAUGGAUGAAAUUUCCAUUGAAUUGAUACACCCAGAUGCGGUUGUUGAACUCAGGGAGAUUGCGGAUCGAAUGAUCCGAUCUGGGUAUGAAAAAGAAUGCUUUCAGGUAUAUUGUAGUGUUCGUCGUGAUGUUCUUGAUGAGUGUGUGGCAAUUCUUGGGGUGGAAAAACUGAGCAUUGAGGAAGUGCAGAGGAUUGAUUGGCGCUCCUUGGAUGAUAAGAUGAAGAAAUGGAUUCAGGCCGUUAAAGUAGUUGUUCGAGGCCUUUUUUCUAGUGAAAAGCAUUUGUGCGAGCAGAUUUUUGAUGGGUCUGAUCUAGUUGAGGACUGCUUUCUAGAAACAUCAAAAGGUUGCAUCAUGCAGCUUUUGAAUUUUGGGGAAGCGGUUGCUAUUGGGAGGAGGUCUGCCGAGAAGCUGUUUAGGAUUCUCGAUAUGUAUGACGCGUUAGCUCAGGUUCUGCCAGAUUUGAAGUCGCUAUUUAUACAUGAGGGUGCUGGCAACAUGGUGCAUGAAGCCAAGGCCGUAUUGGACAGUUUGGGCGAGGCUGCUAUUGGAACUUUUGUUGAGUUUGAGAAUGCAGUUCAGGGGGAAUCUUCUAGAAAGCCUAUACAGAAUGGUGAGAUUCACCCGCUUGCUCGAUAUGUUAUGAAUUAUGCAAAGUUGCUGGUGGACUACAGUGAUACCCUUAAUUCACUUUUGGAGAAUGUAAAGGUUGAGUCAGAGUACUUGGAAAGGAAGAGUAGUGAUGGGUUGGAGUUGGAAAACAUGUCACUUAUUGCUCGACGGCUGUUGGCCUUGAUUACUUCUCUGGAAUCAAAUAUUGAGGAGAAGUCGAAAAUGUAUGAGGAUGCUGCAAUGCAGUAUGUAUUCUUAAUGAACAAUAUUCUAUACAUUGUGCAGAAAGUCAAGGACUCCGAGCUGCGAAACCUUUUGGGUGAUAACUGGGUUAGAAAGCGGAGGGGUCUGGUCAGACAGUAUGCGACCCAGUACCUUAGGUCAUCAUGGAGCAAGACAUUGGCUUGUUUGAAGGAUGAAGGUAUUGGUGGGAGCUCAAGUAAUGCAUCGAAGGUGGCUUUGAAGGAGAGGUUUAAGAGUUUCAAUGCUUGUUUUGAGGACAUCUACCGUAUUCAAACUGCUUGGAAGGUACCAGAUCCUCAGCUCCGUGAAGAACUUAGGAUAUCCAUUUCCGAAAAAGUGAUACCAGCAUACCGGUCAUUUAUGGGAAGGUUUGGAAGUCAGUUGGAAAGUGGGAGGCAUGCUGGAAAGUAUAUCAAAUAUACUCCAGAGGAUUUGGAGAACUAUCUAUUGGAUCUCUUUGAAGGAUCACCCCUUAUUCUGCACCAUCAGAGAAGAAAAAGUACAUGA